AUGCCGAACUGUAACUCACAGGAAAACGUUGCAUUUGAAAAGCCUGCCUGGCUGUCAUCAACAUGGAACGACAAAUCAAAAGCUGAGAAUGUGGUGGAUGGAACGAAAUAUAGUAACGAAGACACAUUUUUUGACAAUUGCGUCCACACCAAAUAUGAACCCUUUCCUCGCUGGUGGGUAAACCUCACCGAGGAUUGCACUAUAGCAAGGAUUGAUAUCAACUACAGACGCAAUCACGCCCGCAGAAUGACUGGAUACAAACUCAUUGUAUCAAACACAGAAUCCACCAACCAGUGGAACAGGGGUCACCAGAUAGCGGACCACAUAUGUCGUGACGAGACCAGAAGAAACCCGCCAUUUCAGCAAACCGUUUCAUGUCUGACCAGAGGACGCUUUAUCACAUACGCCGACGACCAGACAACACAUGGUGAUCCAAACCCUUUCGUCGAGCUUUGCGAGUUGGAGGCUUUUGCAUGUGGCUAUGGCAGCUUCGGUGUAGGAUGUAAACAUACUUGCAACUGUCUCAACGACACAUGUUAUCCGGAAAACGGAACUUGUCCAACCGGCAGAUGUCAGCGGGGAUGGAACGGUACAGCAUGUGACCAACCGUGUGGUGACCCAACGUUUGGACAUAAUUGUGAGGAAACGUGUCAUUGCCGACUGGGAUCAUGUGACUCCGUGAAUGGGACUUGUUCAUCUGAAGGAUGUGACCCAGGGUGGCAAACAGAAUCUUGUAGCAAGGUAUGUGACAAAGGUCGAUUUGGCAACAACUGCACGUUUACUUGUGGAGCAUGCAGAAACAAUGGUGCGUGUGACCAUGUGAGUGGCACAUGUCCAAAUGAUUGUGCUGACGGAUGGAUCGCUCCUUUCUGCAAUGAGAAAUGCCCAGCUGGGACAUUUGGAUUCAACUGCACGCGUAAAUGUUUUUGCAAGAUUGGAACAUGUGAUCCAGCAGAUGGUUCAUGUCCGAACAACGAAUGCGCUAAAGGCUGGUACGGUCCUUCGUGUAGUUUACAAUGUGAGGCCGGAUUCUUUGGUUAUAACUGUGAGGAGAGUUGUCACUGCAAGACAGUACUUUGUAAUAGGACUUCAGGUCUAUGUCCGCCGGGUGGUUGUAAAGACGGAUGGCAGACAGACAAAUGUAACAGAAAAUGUGACACAGGCUCCUACGGGACGAAUUGUUCGGGAGUCUGUGGUAACUGUGGGAAUAGUAGUACUUGUCAUCACGUCAAUGGUCAUUGUACCCAGGGAUGUAAGGCCGGCUUCCACGGAGAAUUCUGCAAUAAAGAAUGUGAAGAUUAUUCCUAUGGAAUCAACUGUCAAUAUAAUUGCCAAGGCUGCAACCUAGGAAAAUGUCAACGAGUCCAUGGAGCCUGCCUCAGAGGAUGUGUAUCCGGUAUGAGUGGCGAGCUCUGUAACAUUAAGCUUACGGAAGAGGACAAGAGCGUGGACAUUAUUGGGGCUGUAGUGGGUGUUGUCAUCUUACUGGCUGUAAUAGGAUUAAUUUUAAUACUUCUGAUACACCGAAGGAAAAAGAAGCUUUUAGCUAAAGAAUCUAAAAAACUACCUGAAGACGAAAUCGUAGCCUACUACAGCAACGUGUCAGAGAACGAACAAAACUUGACAGAGGACAAGAGAUUGAAGUUUAUACAUGGUAAUAUCAACACAAAAAAUGAAAAAGCAGAAUACGCAGUUGUAUAUGGUGAUGAACUGGAUGAGGAAAACAUCUACAAAACCAUCGACGACAACAUCUCCUCCAGAAGUAUAGCUUCACAUCUCAGCCAAUACCUGGACGAUGACGAUAUAUCAGAAGAUAUAGACUUGACAGAGAAUAUUUACACCAACUACAUGGCGUCUAUCGAAUCUAAAAUCGCUGUUUCAGGAUUAUCAGAAACUAUAGCUUUUAAGAAGGAGUCGAAUCUUUUCAAUGACGAGUACACAAAACUUCCGAGAGGACUGCAGCACCCACAUGAGUGCGGAAAGAAGCCUGAAUUAAAAGACAAGAAUCGGUUCAAAGACAUGUUUCCCUAUGACCACUCACGUGUAGUGCUGAAUACUUUGCCUGAUGUAAAUAAUUCGGAUUACAUCAAUGGAAACUAUAUAGAUUCCGUUAGUCUGGAGAGGCAGUACAUAGCAACACAAGGUCCAAAGCAAGGGACCGUCUGGGAUUUUUGGAGAAUGAUUUGGGAACAAAACACGGGGAAAAUUAUAAUGGUCACUAAUAUCAAGGAAGGAAAAAAGAUGAAGUGUCAUCCCUACUGGCCAGCUCUUGGAAGAACAAUCACUAACGGAGAUUUUUCAGUAACACUAACUGAUGAAAAACGAUGUUUAGCCUUCAUAUCACGGACACUGACUUUACUAAAUCAAAAGACCAAGGAAAAGCACGAAGUAUUCCAGUUCCAUUUCACCACUUGGCCAGAUCACGGCAUUCCUAAUCCAUUCCAGUUAGUGCAGUUUCAACGAUUAGUAAUUAAACAAGAGACAAGUUUGCCGGGGCCACAAGUUGUACAUUGCAGCGCUGGGAUCGGGAGAACUGGCACGUACAUUGCUCUUGAUGCUCUACUGAAACAUGCGCAGAUUUCACCAACGAUCGAUGUUUACCAGUAUACAAUGAAAAUGCGCAAAGAUAGACUGAAUAUGAUUCAAACAGUGGAGCAGUACAUAGUCCUACACGAAGCUUUAGAUGUCAGUUUGACAUUCCCGGAUGCAUCUAUUAAUAGAUGUCAGUUUCAAGAAAAGAAAGACCUCCGUCAACAACGUAUACAAGAAAAUUUUAAAGUUCUCAGCAAAAUCAAACCCACCUUUGACCAAAAGGAUUAUUCGUCAGCGCUUUCAAAUGCAAACGUAUCGAAAAACAGAUCAAAAGAAUGUAUACCGGUAAAUCGCUUUCGAGUAAGAUUGAAAUCGCCACUAGAGGGAAGAGGAGACUAUAUAAACGCUGUAGUCCUACCUUCCUGUUCCAAUUCAUUUGGUUUCUUGGCAACACAACUUCCGCUAACAGAUACACUGCCGGAUUUCUGGACUAUGGUCUAUGACUACAACUCUCGCAUUGUAGUUUUACUCGACCGACUAGACAGUGAUGUACAGUUACUUCCUGAAGAAAAUCAUGACGAUUAUAACAUUGACGGAUUCAAACUCAGCACAUCUGGCGUUAAGCAGUCUAUGAUUGAAGCUGAAGCACUGGACAUUAUCUUACAGAAACAGGAUCAAGAGAAAAGACAUGUGAAAAUUUUGAUAAAUCCGGUUGGAACAGAUCAAACUGGUCACGUGUCCACACAUGGAUUGGUUAAUGCUGUCACGUCAACCAAUCGCUUGGAAACGUCACAAAAGGGUACUGCCAUAACAGUUGUUUGCAGAGACGGAAAAACAAAUUGCGUCCCAUUUUGUUUGCUGAAAGCAGUCAUUGAAAGGAUGGAUCUUGAUGGUUGUAUAGAUAUUUUCAAUGCUGCCAGAGAAAUUCAGUAUCGACGACCUGACGCCUUCAAGACUCUGGGAGAUAUCCGAUUGAUAUACCAAGCAUUAGAGGAUUAUAUACAUUCGACGUCAAUCUAUUCGAAUGAAUAAAUGGAUAAGUUAAAGUGCGUAAAACAAUAAUGAUGAAAAACUUCCAAAAUAGAAAUGAUUGAUGGGUGGUAUUUAUUGUGACGUCCGUAGCCCAAUACAACAUCCAAUAGUGCUCAUUGUCAAAACUCGUAAUCGCUUUGUAGCACAGCGAGAAUAGUCCUCACGAAGGCCACAAUGAGAUUUUCAAUAUACAGGCAACAGCGGGCUCUAGGCUCAAAGUGAUCUUUCAUGAGGCGACCACUGCUCCAGACUUGUUCCAUACUGCCCGCGUUCCACAUCAUUUUGCAUCCACAAUGUUCUUAACAUGUCAAUAUCUACGUAUUCAUUCUAACGGAGAACUAUGGUCAUUCUAACUCAUAUUUCCAUUCUGGUCCAGAUGAAGGCUUUGCAAACCUACGGUUGGAUUACUAGUAUUAACAAGGCUACGGUAAUAUACUAGUAUCAAAAAACCUACAGAAGAAUAUUAGUCCUAACAUUGAUAAUAUGUUUUGAAUCAGUCAGUGUCCUCUAAUAAUGAAAUUGCACAUGAAAGCAAUUGUUGUGAUUAACAUUAUUUAUGCUUUUGUU